AUGUGGCGGAUUGCUCACAAGAAAGAAUCAUUAUGGGUGAAGUGGGUGCACUCAGUGUACUUGAAACAUCAGGACUGGUGGACUUAUCAACCUAAGAAGAGUGCAGGAUGGGCUUGGAAGAAGCUGUGCAAGAUCAGAGAUGAUUUAAGGCUUGGUUUUGAGGAGAAGGGGUGGCUGCAACAGUCUUAUAAAAUUUCUGAGACAUAUAAGUGGUUGCAGGGGGAUCUCCCUAAAGUUGAAUGGGCUGCUUGGAUCUGGAAUAGGUAUACCUCCCCCAAGCAUGCUUUUAUUUCUUGGCUUGCCAUUCAUAAUAGAUUGAAGACAAGAGCUAAGCUUGAGAAGUUUGGUGUAUGUGAAGACAGUAGUUGUCUUCUCUGUGGUACUGCUAUUGAAUCCAGGGAUCACCUGCUUUUUUACUGUACUUAUAACAGAAAAUGUAUGACUAAAAUUGCUAGAUUGUUGGGUAUUACUGAGGCUCACUAUAAUAUUGAGGCAACUUGGAUACAUUGGAGAAGGAAGCUCACAGAUCAUGUUCAGAGGAAAGUAGGUCUUGCUGCUUUGACCUCGGUGGUGUAUCAUUUGUGGUUUGCUCGGAUUCAUGUUUUUUGGCAUAAGGCUGUUGUACAUCCUAAUACUCUUUUUAAAGGAAUUUGUACGGAAACUAAAGAUAGGGUUAUACAACUUAUUUCUUGUAAAUGGACUAGGAAACAUUGUAAAUUGCUAUUUAGAAUUAGUUCUACUAGGCCCAAUUGA